CAAUCAUUAUUUGCCAAGUGAUACAUGGCUUUUGAAUAAUGUGGCAUGUUUUUUUUUUUUUUUUUUUUUUUAUAAUCCAAGUAUCCGUACCUCUCACUUAGUCCGAUUAUCCCACCGCGUCCAACCGGAACUGGCGAGGAAGAUCCUGGAGAUCAAACGGAAACCAUGUUAAAUCCGCUGUGACCGGGACUCGAACUCGUGAUGGCGGGCACCUCAGCCGAGGUUCCUUUACCACUAGACCACUAGGCCCGGUUAACGUGGCAUGUUUUACUAGAUGAUCUUAUAUAUUGAGUACCUUGUAUAUACUAAUAUAGGAGAAGUGUAGUUAUUAUUCUUUGAUACCUCAAGGAUGUCCACUGUGUUGGAGCCGGAUUUUACCCCGGUCCAGACCUGGUUUGAGAUCUGAAUACUGAAAAGUCCAAAAUCCAGCACUAUCAAGAUCCAAGAAUGAAACAUAGGUUCGCGAAGAUCAAAAUCCACCCCGAGCUCAAGGAGUCUAACCCACUCGGCAAGUCAACACAUAACGUAAAUGAAUCAAAUAAAUUAAAGAGUAUUAUAAAAGUACUUCUCAUAUAGCUAAACUAUACUCUGUUGAUAUUUAUACUCCAUUAUUGUCAAGCACCCUAUGUACUGUUAUCAAAUCAUCAAUAAACCAUAUAUUUUCCAUGAUUGAUUUUAAUCUAGUAGAGAAGAGCCUAAAGAGACACCCAAGAAUCAAAAUAACGACAAAAAGUGUGAUAUCCAAAUCCAUGUACAAUCUUCAGCUUCGUCCAAAUCUUCUAAAUUUAUCGAUGCGGUUCUUUGUAAUUGAAGUAAAAUAAGUAUUGAAUCAUUACACCAAAAAAAACCCUGCAGCUUCGGGAGAAACUAUCGGGAGGGAACUUCAGGAGGCUCAAUGAGAAACUCUACACUUGCUCGUAUGUUACUAAAUUCAAAUGUCGUUCCGACAACUUUCCUUCAGUUUGACAGAGUUUCAACAAUAUUGUUUAUUUAUGUUUUCAGUGGACAAGAAGCUUUAAACUAGUUUAAGGAAGAUCCAAGCUUGUUUGAUAUGGUAAACACACAUUACAAGAAUGUCAUAUUAAUCAACAACAAGUAAUUGUUUAUUUUUGGUUUCGUUUGAGGGAUAAAGAAAAAAGUUAAGCUUCAACAAAAUGAAAAUUCUCGCCGUUGCCUGUGAUCGAACCCGAGUCACCCGCGUGACAUGCGGGUAGUUUUUGUUUUUAAAAGUUAGACCGGGCUAAACCAAUCUUAUUACAUAUAAAAUUGAGAUGGCAAUUCGAAUUCGUUUCCGAAACACACAACAGAGAAGCUUCAAACACAAAGCUUCUUCCGUCGUUAAACUUCAUCAAUUUGAAUCCUAAGCUCUCGUCAUCAAAACCAACACCUUUGAUUCUUACAUUCCCUCACAUUCGUUUGUGUUAUGAAACUUCAUCGCGUCUGCUCAAGAAGAACACUUGCUGCCUCUUUACAACACCUCCGCUUCCUCCAAACACCUCGUAUCGAUGCUCGCAUCAUCAAAACCGGUUUCAACACAGACACCUGUCGUUCCAAUUUCAUCCUCGAGGACUUUCUCCGUGGAGGUCAAGUUUCCUCUGCACGCAAGGUGUUCGACGAAAUGCCUCACAAGAACACCGUCUCCACAAACACCAUGAUCUCCGGCUACGUCAAGUCCGGUGACGUUUCCUCCGCUAGAGAUCUCUUUGACGCCAUGGUGGAUCGAACCGUGGUCACUUGGACUAUCUUGAUGGGGCUGUACGCUAGGAACAACCGUUUCGACGAAGCCUUCGAGCUUUUCAGACAGAUGUGCAGGUCUUGUACCUUGCCUGAUCAUGUCACCUUUACUACUCUUUUACCAGGGUGCGACGACGCGGUUGCUGUGGCGCAAGUUCAUGCCUUUGCGGUCAAGUUAGGGUUUGAUAGGAACCCUUUUCUCACUGUUUGCAAUGUCUUUGUUAAGUCUUAUUGCGAGAUAGGGAGGCGUGAUUUGGCACGUGUGGUGUUUGAGCAGAUUAGAGAGAAGGACUCUGUCACGUUCAACACGCUUAUUACAGGGUACGAGAAGGAUGGUUUGUACGUUGAGGCGGUUCGUCUCUUUGUCGAAAUGCAGCAGUUGGGUCACAAGCCUUCGGAUUUUACGUUUUCUGGUGUUCUCAAGGCCGUUGUCGGGCUUCAUGAUUAUGUUCUUGGUCAGCAACUCCAUGGUUUAGCGGUUUCUACUGGAUUCUCCGGGGAUGUGGCUGUUGGGAAUCAGAUUCUUGAUUUCUACUCGAAGCAUGAUUGUGUUGUAGAGACUAGGAAGCUUUUCAACGAGAUGCCUGAGUUGGAUUUUGUUUCUUACAAUGUGGUCAUCUCAGGGUAUUCGCAGGCUGAGCAAUACGAGGAAUCCUUGGGACUGUUCAGAGAGAUGCAGUCCAUGGGGUUUGAUCGGAGAAGCUUCCCUUUCGCGACGGUGCUGAGUAUUGCAGCUAACUUGUCUUUGUUGCAGAUGGGUCGACAAGUGCACUGCCAGGCCAUCGUCGUGACUGCUGAUUCGAUCCCGCAUGUUGGAAACUCUUUAGUGGAUAUGUACGCGAAGUGUGAGAUGUUUGAGGAAGCUGAGUUGAUAUUCGAGAGUCUAUCACAACAGAGCACUGUUUCAUGGACUGCGUUGAUCUCAGGUUAUGUUCAGAAAGGGCUUCAUGGAGAUGGUCUUAAACUGUUCACCAAGAUGCGAGGAGCGAAUCUACGAGCAGACCAGUCCACUUUCGCUACUGUACUGAGAGCUUCGGCUGGUUUCGCUUCUUUGUCGCUGGGGAGACAACUCCACGGGUUCAUAGUAAGGUCAGGGAACUCAGAGAACGUCUUCUCCGGUUCUGGACUUGUUGAUAUGUACGCCAAGUGUGGUUCUAUCAAACACGCGGUACAAGUGUUCCAAGAGAUGCCUGACAGGAAUGGAGUUUCUUGGAAUGCUUUGAUCUCAGCUUACGCUGACAACGGAGACGGAGAAGCAGCGAUUGAUGCGUUUGAGAGAAUGAUUCACUCAGGUCUCCAGCCAGAUUCAGUCAGCGUCUUGAGCGUCUUGACUGCAUGUAGUCACUCUGGAUUCGUUGAACAAGGAACCGAAUAUUUCGAGGCAAUGUCUCGGGUCUACGGGAUCACUCCAGGAAGGAAACACUACGCCUGCAUGCUGGAUCUGCUGUGCAGGAACGGGAGAUUUGAAGAAGCAGAGAAGCUGAUGGAGGAAAUGCCCUUUGAGCCAGAUGAGAUAAUGUGGUCAUCAGUGCUGAACGCAUGCCGGAUUCACAAGAACCAAAGCCUUGCUGAGAGAGCAGCAGAGAAGCUCUUUAGCAUGGAGAAGCUCAGGGACGCUGCUGCUUACGUAAGCCUGUCAAACAUCUAUGCAACAGCAGGGGAAUGGGAAAACGUUAGUCUUGUCAAGAAAGCGAUGCGUGAACGCGGCAUCAAGAAAGUUACUGCGUCUAGCUGGGUUGAAGUAAACCACAAGAUGCACGACUUCUCGUCGAAUGACCAGAGACACCCGAGGGGAGAUGAGAUUGUGAGAAAGAUCAAUGAACUGACAGCCGAGAUUGAAAGACUAGGGUACAAGCCUGACACGAGUUGUGUAGGACAAGACGUAGAUGAGCAGAUGAAGAUCGAGUCGCUUAAGUUCCACAGUGAGCGUUUAGCGGUUGCGUUUGCUCUUAUCAGUACACCAGAAGGGUCUCCGAUCCUUGUGAUGAAGAACUUGAGAGCAUGCAGGGAUUGCCACGCUGCGAUAAAACUGAUAUCGAAGGUUGUAAAGAGGGAGAUAACUGUAAGGGACUCAAGAAGAUUCCAUCACUUUAGAGAUGGGCUCUGUUCUUGUGGGGAUUACUGGUGAAACCUCAAGUUUUUGACUCAGAGAACAAAUUUCGGUUCAGUUCCGGUUUAAGUGAAGUAGUUACGCUUCUAUGCUUUUGCUGAACCGUAGACGAGCGAGCGAGCGAGCAAUUGGAUCCAGAGAGAGGAGGAAGAAUGAAGAAGGCGGAGAAUCUGCUUGGCUCACCUACUUUCGUGGAUCUAGGAAACGGACGGCUCAGAUGCGUGGAGACUGGUCACGAAGUUGUAGCUGGAGACGAAGAAGCAUACGCUCGUAACAAACGGUGUCGUCUGGGACUCAUCGAUCACGCUCUAUCUCAUGGGAAAUCUCCUCUCAACAUGUUCUCGCAGUGCCUAAUUUCUCGUUCGAAGCUCGUGUGCAAGCUUACUGGGGAUACUGUGAACAAGAACGAGCAACAUAUCUGGAAACAC